AUGAGGAAGUGGAGGAAGAGGAGGUGGAGGAAGAGGAGGAAGUGGAGGAAGAGGAAGUGGAGGAAGAGGAGGAAGAGGAAGAGGAGGAAGUGGAGGAAGAGGGAGACAGGAGACGACAAGUCAACGUUUUUCCAGUUUGGAGCUUCCAUCCAGCAGGAGGCGCUGUUGAUGUUGAGCAUCAUGGAGGAGUACGACUGGCACAUCUUUUCCAUAGUCACCUCCAAGUUCCCCGGAUACCAGGAGUUCAUCAACGUCCUCAAGAGCACCGUGGACAACAGUUUUGUAGGCUGGGACCUGCAGCACAUCAUAACAUUAGAUGCUGUGGAGGAGGACAGUAAGAGUCAAAUCAUGUUGAAGAAGGUCCAAUCCCCGGUGGUUGUGUUGUACUGCUCUAAAGACGAGGGAGUGUUUAUCCUGGAGGAGGCUCGCUCCCUGGGCCUCACCGGGUUCGGAUACAUCUGGAUCGUCUCCAGCCUGACCUCCGGCACCACCGAGACGGUACCUGCGGAGUUCCCCUCGGGCAUGGUGUCCGUCUCCUCUGAGGACUGGGACUACCCUCUGGAGGCGCGGGUGAGGGACGGGCUGGGCAUCAUCACGUCCGCUGCCUCCGCCAUGCUGGAGGAGUACGGAGAAAUACCUGAAGCUCGGACCUCCUGCUACGGAACACAGCCAGAGAAGACUUCCAAGGUUCCUCCUCUCGCCCUGCACAAGUAUAUGAAGAAUGUAACAUGGGAAGGUAGAGACUUGUCGUUUACAGAAGAUGGUUACCAGCAGAACCCCAAGCUGGUCGUCAUCGUUCUCAAUAAGGAACGAGAAUGGGAGAAG